AUGAAAUUUAUGGAAACAUCUUCGUCUUAUAAAGAAGAAGAAUAUACGAGUGGACAUUCUGAAAAGAAAACAUUAAAUCAAAAUAUGAAAGUUCAGACUGAAGGGCAAGUUUACAUUGGAGAAAGACCUUAUAAAUGUGAAAUUUGUCUUAAGCAAUUUACUCGAAGAUAUAAGUUAUAUCAACAUAUGAAAAUUCACAAUAAGAGACCUUAUGAAUGCGAAAUUUGUCUUAAGCAGUUUACUCAAAAAAGUACUUUAAAUGAACAUAUAAAUUUUCACUUUGGAGAAAGGCCUCAUAAAUGUGAAAUUUGUCUCAAGCAGUUUUCGUACAAAUCUGGUUUAGAUGCACAUAUGAAAGUUCAUACUGGGGAAAGACCCUAUAAAUGUGAAAUUUGUCCUAAACAGUUUACUACAAAAAGUAAUUUAAAUGCCCAUAUGAACGUUCACACUGGAGAAAGAACUUAUAAAUGUAAAAUUUGCCUUAAGCAGUUUCCUUAUAAAAUAGGUUUAAACAGACAUAUGAAAACUCACUCCGAAGCAGUGGCGGCCCGUGAGCAGUUUGCUCAGAAAAGUACUUUAAAUAUCCAUAUGAGAGUUCACACUGGUGAAAAACCUUAUAAAUGUGAAAUUUGUGACAAGCAGUUUUCGUACAAAUCUGGUUUAGAUGCACAUAUGAAAGUUCAUACUGGGGAAAGACCCUAUCAAUGUGAAAUUUGUCCAAAACAGUUUGCUACAAAAAGUAAUUUAAAUGCCCAUAUGAACGUUCACACUGGUGAAAGAACUUAUAAAUGUUAUUCAGAGGAGGAGAAUAGAAUCAAAUUUAUGAAACCACCUUCGUCUUAUAAAGAAGAAAAGUAUACAAAUCGACACUCUGAAGAGAAAACAUUAAAUCAAAAUAUGAAAGUUCAGACUGAAGGGCAAGUUCACAUUGGAGAAAGACCUUAUAAAUGUGAAAUUUGUGGCAAACAUUUUACUCAAAAAGGUCAUUUAAAUCAACAUACGAAAGUUCACACUGGAGAAAGAGAAUAUAAAUGUGAAAUUUGUCUUAAGGAAUUUACUCGAAGAAAUAAUUUACAGCAACACAUGAAAGUUCACAAAGGACCUUUUGAAUGCGAAAUUUGUCUUAAGCAGUUUACUCAAAAAAGUACUUUAAAUGAACAUAUCAAUUGUCACUUUGGAGAAAGACCUCAUAAAUGUGAAAUUUGUCUUAAGCAGUUUUCAUACAAAUCUGGUUUAGAUGAACAUAUGAAAGUUCACACUGGGGAAAGACCUUAUAAAUGUGAAAUUUGUCCUAAGCAGUUUACUAGAAAACAUAAUUUAAAUAAACACAUGAAAAUUCACGAAGAACUUUCAAAUUUGUCUUAA